GUGAAAUGGGAGACUUAGACUGGAUAGCCUCCAAGGCCCGUUCCACCUCCUGUGAUGCUAAAAUGUCAAAUUCUGAUUUGUACAUCACUUGGCUCCCAUCCUUGGGUGCCAAACGGGCUAUUUCACUCUCUUUCCUUUGCCUUGCCUUUGGCCUGCACAUCGUUAAACAGAAGCCAGCGGCUGCGCACAAAACCCUCUCGGACCUCAGCUCCUCCCGCCUUCAGCAGCGUUCGGCUUCGGGAGGAAAAGAAAGCGAAGCCCAGCUCGUGGAGCUGGCGAGGUUGGAUCUUUCCCCCUUGGGGCAACCACGUGGUGGAGGCGCGCGCCAGGCUCCGCUCGGCCCCUCCCCAUUACGGCCCUCGGGCCCGGUCCGCCGGUGGAGCGCGGGGUGCGUACGCGACGGAGCGGGGUGUGAAGAUGGCGGACGAAGAGGCCGACCAGGAGAGCCUCAGCCGAAGCGGCGGUGGCUGCGCCGCGGAGCUGCAGCGUCUAGGCGAGCGGCUCCAGGAGCUGGAGCGGCAGCUGCGGGAGAGCCGCGGGACGGCCGUGGAGGCAGCCACCGAGUACUGCCAGCAGCUGUGCCAGACACUCCUUGAAUAUGCUGAGAAAUGGAAAACCUCAGAAGAUCCUUUGCCUUUGUUGGAGGUUUACACAGUGGCUAUUCAAAGCUAUGCUAAAGCACGACCAUAUCUUACCUCCGAGUGUGAAAAUGUAGCGUUGGUGCUGGAACGACUGGCAUUAAGCUGUGUCGAACUUUUAUUGUGUCUGCCCUUUGAGUUAUCAGAUAAUCAAUGGAAAGAGUUUCAGGCAUUGGUGCAGGUAGCUCAUAAAAAGCUGAUGGAGAAUGGAAGCUGUGAAUUGAAUUUUUUAGCUAAUCUUGCUCAAGAGACUGGAGUUUGGAAAAACCCAAUACUGCAUGCAAUUCUUUCCCAAGAACCAUUGGAUAAGGAAAAAGUGAAUGAAUUUUUAGCCUUUGAGGGUCCCAUCCUGUUGGAUAUGAGAAUUAAACAUCUAAUCAAAGCAAAUCAGUUAAGCCAAGCUACUGCCUUAGCAAAGUUAUGUUCUGACCAUCCAGAAAUUGGCACAAAGGGCAGUUUUAAGCAAACCUACCUUGUCUGUCUCAGCACAUCAUCACCAAAUGACAAGUUAAUUGAAGAGAUCUCAGCAGUUGAUUGCAAAGAUGCUCUAGAAAUGAUAUGUAACUUAGAAUCUGAUGGAGAUGAAAAAAGUGCUCUGGUUUUAUGUACUGCAUUUCUGUCCCGCCAGCUACAACAAGGAGACAUGUAUUGUGCCUGGGAGCUGACUCUCUUUUGGAGUAAAUUGCAACAAAGAGUAGAACCAUCUGUACAAGUGUAUCUAGAGAGGUGUCGUCAACUUUCUUUGUUAACCAAGACAGUCUAUCACAUUUUCUUCCUGAUUAAAGUUAUCAAUUCUGAGACUGAAGGAGCUGGGCUUGCCACCUGCAUUGAACUAUGUGUGAAAGCUCUUCGAUUAGACUCUGCUGAAAACACUGAAGUAAAAAUAUCUAUUUGCAAAACAAUUUCAUGCUUGUUGCCUGAAGAUCUGGAGGUCAAGCGUGCUUGUCAGUUGAGUGAAUUUCUUCUUGAACCCACAGUCGAUGCGUAUUAUGCUGUUGAAAUGUUGUAUAACCAGCCUGACCAGAAAUAUGAUGAAGAGAAUCUUCCAAUACCAAAUUCACUACGCUGUGAGCUCUUACUUGUGUUAAAAACGCAAUGGCCCUUUGAUCCAGAGUUCUGGGACUGGAAAACCUUGAAACGACAAUGCCUUGCAUUAAUGGGAGAAGAGGCAUCUAUUGUGUCUUCAAUAGAUGAAUUAAAUGACAGUGAAGUGUAUGAAAAAGUAGAUGACUACCAAGGAGAGAGAAAAGAAACUUCUGUAAAUGGACUUUCUGGCUGUUUUGAUGAAGCCUCAAGCCUUCUUAAAGGCAUACGAGAUGAGAAAGAAAAAAAGAAAGAAAUCAAAAAGUUAAGAGAAAGAGGAUUUAUAUCAGCUAGGUUUAGAAACUGGCAGGCCUACAUGCAGUAUUGUGUGCUAUGUGACAAAGAAUUUCUUGGACAUAGAAUAGUAAGACAUGCACAGAAGCAUUAUAAAGAUGGGGUUUACAGUUGCCCAAUCUGUGCAAAAAACUUUAAUUCUAAAGAAUCUUUUGUUCCUCAUGUGACUUUACAUGUUAAACAGUCUAGUAAAGAGAGACUGGCUGCUAUGAAACCACUGAGAAGAUUAGGAAGACCUCCUAAAGUACCAACGACCAAUCAGAAUCAAAAGACUGUUGCGAUAACCAAACAAGAGCAGCGUCCCAUAAAGAAGAACAGUCUUUAUUCCGCUGAUUUCAUUGUGUUCAAUGACAAUGAUGGUUCGGAUGAUGAAAAUGAUGACAAAGAUAAAUCUUAUGAACCUGUUCAGAAGCCAAUACCUGUCAAUGAAUUCACUUGUCCUGUAGCUUUCUGUAAGAAAGGUUUUAAAUAUUUUAAAAACUUAAUUGCUCAUGUCAAAGGACACAAAGAUAAUGAAGAAGCUAAGCGUUUCCUUGAAAUGCAAAGCAAAAAAGUUAUUUGCCAGUAUUGUCGGAGGCAUUUUGUAAGUGUUACUCAUCUCAAUGAUCAUUUACAAAUGCACUGUGGCAGUAAACCCUAUAUAUGUAUACAGAUAAAAUGCAAGGCAGGUUUUAAUAGUUAUGCAGAGCUUUUAACACAUAGAAAAGAGCACCAGGUCUUUAGAGCAAAGUGUAUGUUUCCUAAGUGUGGCAGAAUAUUUUCAGAAGCCUAUCUACUUUAUGAUCAUGAAGCACAGCACUAUAAUACCUAUACCUGCAAAUUCACAAGUUGUGGGAAAGUUUAUCGUUCUCAGAGUGAGCUCGAAAAGCAUUUGGAUGAUCACAAUACUGAAAAAGUGCAGGCUCCUGAAGGCCAAACCAAUCCAUCUGAUGAAUCAGUUCAGCCUUCAAAAGUGAGUGAAAACAUAGAUGAAAAUAUUAAAAAUGAGAAAUCUGUGCUUCCUUCAGAAAAUGACACUAGUAACAACUUAGCAGUAGAUGGAAGCAGUUCUUGGGACCAAAACAAAACAGAAUCAUUUGUGACUGAGCAAGGAAAAAUUUCUGUCUCUGUUCUUGGGCAGACUGAUACAUUAUUGCCUGAUUGUUCAGAAAACCCUGUUAUUCCUUUUCUUUCACAAAAUGAAACAAAUGCAUUAACCCACAGCAUUAAAGUGUCUCUCAGCCAAGGACUCCAGGAUAAUAUUGUGAAGCAGGAAAAAUUGGCUGCUACAGGCUGUAUGAUGAACACUGAUAAUUCUGUGGGUACCCAAUUAUGUACAAAAGUUAAGGAUGCUUGUAAUGAUUCUUGUCUUCCAGGUUUGCAGGUAAGAAAAGAGAAUAAUUGCUUAAAUCAGGGAGAGCAUGUUCAAAAUACUUCAGCAAAUUCAGAUCCCCUUAAAAUAGGUGAUCUUGCACCUCAAAACUUAGAAAGACAAGUUAACAACCUUAUGACCUUUACCUUACAAAAUCAAGCAGUAUUUCAAAACAAUUUGCCUAUUUCCAAACUUGAAUUUGAAGGUAAUGCUAAAACUACAUCUGGUCUUUAUAAUUUACCACUUAAGACAUUAGAAGGUAUCACUUUUGUUCCACCACAACCCAAUCUGAGCAGUCCUUUAGUGGCUCCACCUGUUCCACCAACAGCUCCAGUACAGAAAUUCUGUUGUCAGGUUGAAGGAUGUACUCGAUCUUAUAAUUCUUCACAAAGUAUUGGGAAACACAUGAAAACAGCACAUCCUGACCAAUAUGCAGCAUUUAAAAUGCAGCGUAAAAGCAAAGGAAGGCAGCGAUCCAGCAACCUAAAUACACCAAGUGAAGGAAAGUGUGUGUAUUUUUUGCCAUCACAGGUGAACAGUAACAGUAAUAGUGUUUUUACACCCCAGACCAAAACCAGUGUGAAACCUACUUGUUCAACUCAGUUGCCACAUGGCUCAGCUCAGUUGCCACAUGUUUCAACUCCUCUUUUUCCAAUUCAUCUAGAAAAUUUAUCAAAUCCAUUGUUGCCCUCAAUGGAAAGUGUCAUGAGUACAAAUUUUCCUUCUCAUGUUAAAAGUGAACCAGGUGUAUUAUGUGCCCCAAUGGAAAAUUUGUCAAACACAGCAUUGCCAUCCCAAUUGGAAGAUAUAGCAAAAACGGUUUUGCCAUUGAAUAUUGACAGUGGUUCAGAUCCUUUCCUUCCUUUGCCUUCAGAAAGUGGUUCAAUAUCUCUUUUCCCUUCACCAGCAGAUAAUGGAACUAAUUCAGUAUUUUCCCAGCUGGAAAAUAAUACAAAUCACUUCUCACAAGUUGAAGGAAAUACUAAUGCUGCCUUUGUAAAGGAAGAGAGUGCCCCAAAUACAGUUUUUUCUUCAGAAGUAAACACUGCAAAUAGCCUCAGUGCCACCACCCCACAACAUCCAGCACCAGAAAAAAAUAAAAAGGACCGUGGACGGGGCCCCAAUGGUAAAGAAAGAAAACCCAAACAUAAUAAAAGGGCUAAGUGGCCAGCAAUAAUUAGAGAUGGUAAGUUUAUCUGUAGCAGGUGUUACAGGGUUUUUACUAAUCCCAGAUCACUGGGUGGACAUUUGUCUAAACGGUCCUAUUGUAAGCCACUAGAAGGAUCAGAAAUUUCUCAAGAAGCUUUGCAGAGUAAUGGUCAGUCUUCUCUUCUUGCCAACAUGAUACUCUCUACAAAUGCAAUAAAUGUACAGCAACCACCACAACCUACCUUCAGUUCAGAAACAUGUUUUAAAGAUCCAUCAUUUCUUCAGCUACUUACAUCUGAAAAUCGGGCAUCAACGUUUUUACAGAAUACAUUUCCUCGUUCUGCUGUGACUAAUUUUAAUACCACUGUGAAUGAGGAAGGAAGUGAAAUUAUCAAACAAGCCUUGGAGACUGCUGGUAUUACCAAUACAUAUGAGAAUACAGAGAUUCUUUCACACAUGGUUCCAACAACUUGUGUCACUGAUGCAACACAAGUAAAUGCAGCAGUUAUACCCAAUCCAGAUGUUUCUCCUCUGUUGCAGACUGUCUGUCAUCCAAAUACUCUGCUAACAGAUCAAAAUAGGACUCUAAGCACAAAAACUCCUUCCAUGAAUGACUGCAGCAACUUGCCAGUAUUUCCACCAGAUGAAUUACUACUGAAGACUGUUGAAAAUGGUUUGUGCUCGGGUUCAUUUCCCAGUUCUGUUGGAUCAUCACAAAAUUUUACCACUAAUAGUUCCCGUGCUUCAGUUAUAAGUGGUCCCCAGAAUGUAAGGGCUAGUCAUUUAAAUAAAAAGGGAAACUGUGCUUCUAAAAGAAAGAGGAAAGCUGCUCCACCAUUACAUGAGAAUAGUCCUCAAAACUUAGGGACAAAUGACUUAACAGCAAUGGGACUAUUAGCAAAGAGCAUUGAAGGAAAUGCACAGACACCAACUGAUAAUCUUCAGCCCCAGGCAUUGGUGGAAAAUCUCACACAGAAGUUAAAUAAUGUUGACAAUCAAUUGUUUAUGGCCAGUAUUAAAGAAAACUUCAAAGCAAAUCUUGAGUCUCAUGCUGCAUUAACUCCUUUAGCAAUAAAAACUGAAAAUGGAGAUUCCCAAAUGAUGGCUAUGAAUUCAUGCACUACCUCAGUAAACUCUGACUUGCAGAUUUCUGAGGACAGUGUUAUACAGAACUUUGAAAAGACUCUGGAAAUUAUUAAAACUGCUAUGGGUUCUCAAAUCCUUGAAGUUAAAAAUGAAAUCCAAGAUGUCAUUGGAGCAUCACAAAAUUCACAGAUGAGUUAUAACACUCAGAUCCCUUCAGUAAAUAUAAUGCAAAAUUCGAAAAUGCCUGAUAUGUCUCAGUUUUCAUUGCAAAGAGAUAUCACCACUGCAAAUGGCAACUCUCCUAAGCCUGAAAUGCCACUUAAGGAUGAUUUUCAAGUAUUAGAAAUUUUGGAAGGCUUACAGAAACUAAAGUUAGAAAAUGACAUAUCUGUUCCUCUUCCAGGUAAGGUACCCCAGUGUCUACCAGUGAAUACAUCAGCUCCUUUGGUUUCCACACCAGUUAAAGCAAUCCCAAAUACAGUAGUCAUUCAGCAGACUUCUGAAGUGGGAAAUAAUAUUCAGUAUAGUGAUAAAGUUAAUAAACCUUUUGUAUGCCAAGACCAAGGUUGUACCUACAGUGCUAUGACAAAGGAUGCCUUAUUUAAACACUAUGGUAAAAUUCAUCACUAUACUGCAGAGAUGAUUAUGGAAAUUAAGAAACAUCAACUCAAGUAUGCUCCAUUCAAAUGUGUUGUAACUACCUGUCCAAAAACAUUUACAAGAAAUUCUAAUCUCCGGGCACACUGUCAAUUGGUACAUCACUUUACAUCAGAAGAGAUGGUCAAAUUAAAAAUUAAGAGACCUUAUGGAAAAAAAUCUCAGAAUGAAAAUGUAACAGCAACCCCACAAGUUGUAGAAAUAAAAAAACAGACCACUUUGACAGUGGAAAAUAAAAGUGAAGUACAACCUCCUGUAGAAGUUGAGAUACAGAAGGAAAUUACCAUAAAUACUGUGGCAAUGACUGCAGAAACUCCGCUUAUAGAAAAAAAAAAUCCUGAAAAAACAGAAAGUUCUCCACCAACAGUUACAGCUACUCCAGAGCAAUGUGACACACAUUCUUGCAAUAACAUAGAGAUAAAAGGUCGAAAAAAUAGGAGGCAUAAAAAAGAAAAGGAGGAGAUAAAACACAAAAAACCAGAAACCCAAUCUCCUGAGGUGCCAACAAGAUAUAGUCCCUAUAGACCAUAUAGGUGUGUUCAUCAAGGUUGUUUUGCAGCUUUUACAAUUCAGCAAAACUUGAUUCUUCAUUACCAGGCUGUACAUAAAUCAGAUCUACCUGUAUUCCCUGUGGAGAUUGAAGAAGAAAGUGAAGCUUGUAAAGAAAGUGAAGAAACUGAAACUAAACAGACUGUGAAAGAAUUCAGAUGUCAAGUGAGUGACUGCUCUCGAAUUUUUCAAGAGGUAACUAGUUUGUUACAGCACUACAUGAAACUUCAUGAGAUGACUGCUGAGGAAAUUGCAAGUAUGCCCCCCAUCCUAGAUUGUGGGAGAUUUCCAUGUGAUCAGUCCCAUUGUAAGUCUUCAUUUACUACAUGUUUGAACUAUAUUAUUCAUCUUGAGAUGGACCAUGCAGUCAAAUUCAGGCCCAAAAAAAUAGAAGAAGAUGGUAUUUACAAAUGUGAUUGUGAAGGUUGUGACCGAAUUUAUGCAACUAGAUCUAAUCUACUGCGACACAUUUUUAAUAAACAUAAUGACAAACAUAAAGCUCACUUAAUUAGGCCAAGAAGAUUGACACCUGGUCAAGAAAACAUAUCAAGUAAGGCAAACCAAGAGAAAUCAAGAUCUAAACAUCGAGGGACAAAACACAACAGGUCUGGAAAAGAGGGAAGCAAGGCUUCUAAAAACAAACGAAAGAAAAAUAUUAUUUCAGAAAACAAAAAUUCAAAAGCUGAGCAGGUUGAAGAAAAUAAACCUUACUCUUUGAAACGUGGAAAGCACGUGUAUUCUAUAAAAGCUAGGAAUGAUGCUUUAUCUGAGUGUACAAGCAGAUUUGUAACCCAAUAUCCAUGUAUGAUAAAGGGAUGCUCAUCAGUUGUUACAAGUGAGAACAAUAUAAUUAGACAUUAUAAAUGCCACAAGUUAUCAAAGUCAUUUACUUCACAACACCGUGAUCUUCUCAUUGUCUUCAAACAGUGUUGUCCAGCACAAGUAAAAGAUACUUCUUCUGAACAAGAAGUAGACAAAAAAAGUGAUGUGAAAGAAUCUGAUACAUGUAUAUCUGAGAGCACCAAUGACUCAAGUACAACAACAGUUCUACAGAGUGAGGUUGAAAAAGAUGAAAUGGAUGAAUUAACAGAAUUGUUUAUUACCAAACUGAUUAAUGAAGACAGUGCAACUGUGGAGAACCAAGAAGAUAAUACAGCUUCAUCUAUAAGCACUGACAUUCAGGAAAAUAUCACCUGUCAAUCUGAAAAACAACAAUCAAACAACUUAAAGAGAGCAAGUAAAGAAAAAGCUGUCUCCCAAAACAAAAAGAAGAAGGUUGAAAAGCCAGAAGAAAUUUUGGCAGUUGAAGUAAAUAGCAUGCAUAAAGAAGAAGAAACAGCAGUUGCAAUUCAAACCACAGAGGAGCAACCUACAACUUUUGACUGGAGUUCAUUUAAACCAAUGGGAUUUGAAGUAUCGUUUCUCAAGUUUCUUGAGGAGUCUGCAGUGAAGCAAAAGAAAAAUACGGACAAGGACCAUCAAAACAAUGGAACUAAAAAAGGCUCUCACUCAAACUCAAGAAAAUCCACUGACAAGACUUCUUUUGCAAGUGGUGAUCACAUAUGGACAUGUUCUGAAAGUGAGACCUUUGUACAGUUUGCCAAUCCAUCACAACUUCAGUGCAGUGAAAAUGUAAAAAUUGUUUUAGACAAAACUCUUAAAGAUUGCACUGAACUUGUAUUAAAGCAGCUUCAGGAAAUGAAACCUACUGUCAGUCUGAAAAAACUUGAAGUACAUUCAAAUGAUACAAAUAUUUCAGGCACAAAAGAAAUAAGUAGGGGUAAUGAAAAUGGAGAAUUGUAGUACUGAUAACUAAUAUACUCUGAAUACAAACUGUACAUUUUUAUUUUGAAUAGGAAGCCAUCAAGCAUGCUAGUAUUUGUGAAUUUUUUUAUUAUUAUUGUUUUUUGUUGUUGUUGUUGUUGUUGAAGUGAAUUAACCUGGAAAAAAAAAAAUCAUGACUCUAGUCAUGUAAAAUUUUGUGGUUUUAUCCCUAUGGGACUUGAGGAACAUAAUCAUUGCUUCAAUUUUUGUAAAUAAUUGAGCUAAACCUCAAAUUUCUAUAAAAAAAAAUUGUCCUUUCCAUGAACUAAAUCUUUGUGAAUUGUCUGUGAUUGGUAUCUUUCACCAGGUCACUGCUCAUGUAUAACAGUACUCCUUAUUUGUAGAUACCUUUUUUGUAUAUAUUUAUUAUUGUAAAUCAUUUGCUGCCACCAGCAGUCUGUAAGUCUAAACUAUUAAAUGACACAUUUAUAUUCGGAAUUUUAAUUUGUAACUAAGUGAUCAAGUUUUUAAAAUUGUCUUUAAUUGUUUUAAAUUAAGAACUUUUUAAACUAAAGCUAGAAAAUCUGCCAUAUCCAGUUUAUUUUGCAUACAGCAUUUAUUUACAAGAGGAAUUUGAUGAAAUUACAUUUCAUAGGGUAAAUACAUCAUACUAACAACAUGCUCAUAUUUGUAAGUUUACCAUCCAAUAUCUUUGGAUGGAUGGCAUUCAUGUGUAGUUAAAGCAGAUUCUUUUAACAGUUUCCUAUAGCUACACUUUUUUUCCCUCAGUGCUUCUAAUUGAAUAUAGAGGAAUUACAAUGGAAAUGUGAAUAAAGAAUUUACAUCAGAGAUUUUAAACAUUUGGUAUUAAAGAAUCCAUUGUGAAUGUGAUAGAAAAUUUAGUAGUGUGGAGCAGUGUAUAUAUAUAUUUGAGGUGGUAAAUUGUGAAGUAGCCCAGUAUUGCCUUAAAUAAAAAUCACAUUUCAUUUCUUGUUUUAUACAUGGUAUCUUAUAAAGGUUUUUUUUAAUUUUCUGAAUUUACAAAUUGGUGUAUAGCUUUAAAAUUUAUAAACUCAUAAGGGAAAAUAUUUUUAAGACAUUUUUAUAUACCUUAAAAUAGGUAAAAAUAAAAUUCCAUCUUGAUUCUAUAAAAUGUAAGAGUCCAAACAUUUAAAAUAAUAUAAACAAAACGUUUCCUGUAAAGGAAAUAGAAUGCUGUGAUUUUACAGUUUAAAUUCUUACAUUCUAUAAUCUGUCUAUUUUUCUACCAUAUUCACAGGGUUUUUUUUCUUUUUUAGAAUGGACCUCAAAAGCAGUAUUAAUAGUAAUUGUUGGUUUUAACGAACACAGUAUUCAUUUACCAUUUAACUUAGCUUUACAUUCACUGGUAUUAAAUUUUUAAAUAAUCUGUACCCCAAAAAUACAAGGUAAAUAUGGUUUUAAAAUAUUUUAUUGAUUUAACUUUUACUCUAAAGUCAACUGAUUUUUUUAAAAAAUCUUUUGGCUUUCCUGUAAAGCCAGUUUCCAUCAUUUAUAAUUGCACUUCUCUGUCAUAAAUAACACUGUUAGUUUCUAUUCUUUGAUUGUCUUAUGACAGAUUAACUUAAUAGUCAUACCAUGAUGAUAUGAAGGUAUCAUCUUCUUUGUAUUAUAAAGUUCACAAACAAAAAAAAGCACAUUAAGCGUCAGCUUGAUAGUAUUCUGAGCAAUCAUGAUCAACCAGUGAAUUAUUUUCUUUUUAAAAUUUUUAAAGGACAUUUUAUCUUUAAAGUACUGUAGUUUUAUUUUCCUGAAGCUGUGGGACAUGUUGAACAGUCCAUUUGCCUCUUUAAAUUUCUGGGAAGAUAUAAAAUGUGACAUGAAUUAAAAUUCUUACACUUUGCUAAAGUCACUGUUAUUUAUGAAUUCAUAAUUUUCUCUUAUGGACAACUAAAACAUGGUGUGUUUGAGAUUAGCAAUAGCUUAUAGGUAGCUUUGAAUAAUUUUAAUAUUAAAGUUUUGUUAACUGGAUUUUUCCAUACAGUUUGCCAAGUCUUUGACAACAGGAAAUUCUGUCUAAUUGGCUCUUAUAUAGUGCCUAGCACAGCAUCAUGUGCAAGUAAGUGCUUAAUAAAUUAUUUUUUAUAAAUACUAUGGUGAUGGCCCUUAACGUAUGAAUUUAGGGUACCUGGGUUCCUCCUCCUCCCCCCCCAAAUUAGGAAAAUUGACUAAAAUUGUUAUUGGCUAUUCAUCUAUGUAUCACUUACAAGAGAUUAAUACCAAUGACUAAAUGUAAUAGAAUGAGGCAAUGUUCUAAAAUAUAAUUGGGGAAUUAAAGUCUGUUUCUUAGUAACAGAAACAUUUUGUCAUAUAUAGUCUAAAUGUUCUUUUACUAUAUUUUAAUUUUUCCAAAUGUAAUGAUCUUAAAAACUUAUAAAUGAGAAGUCAUGUCAUUCAUCACCAAUAUGCAUUGUCAUAAGUUAUGGUCAAAAGCAAUAUUUUAAUAGCGUUUAACCUUGUUAUUUUGAAAUACAAGGGACAGAAUAAAGUAGACUUGGAAUAAACAAGACUUGGAUUAUCCUAUAUUUUUAUUAGAGGAGGAAUAGGGUAUCCAUUCUCAGCUGGGAUAUAGCAGUUGAUUUCAGUUAUGCCCUACUUGCAAAGGUGUUAUACUGUACCAGUUUAUGGCCAACUUUUAAAAUAAGCACUGUUUAUACAAAAAGGGAAGAAAUUCAGUAGAAAAAAGUGAGCUGAUUUUUUACAUGGAAUGUUGUCAAACUUUUUCUAAACAGAAAUGUUCUCAAUUUAAUUAUCAGUGCCAUAUUGAAUUAUGCUUCAAAUCUAUUAGAGAAAAGCACUUAAAAAUUAUAUCACUAGUUAUCCAGUCUACUCUAUAGUUUCCUAAGAUUUUAAUUAUAUCUUUGAUUUAUAUUGGUUUUUCCUAACUUUUACAUUGUAACCUAAGCCUUUCAAUUUUUUCCUUUUAAAAAUGAACUCAGCAAAGAGUAUAAUUUAGUUAUUGUGAAUGCUUUUUGACAUUUAUAAGGAACGUUAAAAAAUAGGAAAGGACCUUUAAAAAGGAAAAACUAAGAGAUUGCAGUUUCCCUAGAUUGCAUGUUUUACCUCACUUGUGUACUUGCUUUAAGGAUUGUUCCUUCUCUCUUUCAGGGAAGAUAUUUAUAUGUUUAUUUACUAAUGUCUUACUAGGCUAAAACCCUAAGAAAUUUCUGAAUUAAAUAAUCCCUUUAUCAACACUUGAACGCCAAGAGGUUCCAAAAAAGCAAGGGAAAGAGGGAUUCAGAAUGACAGGAUUUUAAAAUAUGUAGGUACUGUAGAAUUUAUUAUAAAGAAAUUAUUUGUAUAACUUUAGGGAGAAGAAAAUAUGAUGGUUAUGAAAUACUAAAAUUAUAUGUAGGUUUUUUUCCUUGGAUUGUACUUCUACCCCACCCACAAAUCUUCAGAUAAUUAAAAGGUGGAUAUAGAAACUACAAAGGAUGGUAUAAAUUUCUUCAUGCUUUAUAAUGAGUAAAUCUGCACACAGCAUAUUCACAUAUUUUUACUGAUGCUUUUGUUGUUUUAAAAAAAUGAUGGGAUGUUAGUAAAGAGAGAAAGAGGGCUAUAGAGAGAUUAAGUGAACAUUCAUAGCCUCAUCCAGUUCCACCCUUGACAGCCUUCUUUAAGAAUCUUUAAGGGUCUCAUUCCUUUAUUAUUAAAAAAUAAUGAGAGGCCUUAGCAGAAUUUCCUAAAAUUUUUCUUCUCACCUCAUUAAUUCUUUGCAUUCUUGAAAGUCCAAGAAAGGACAAAAUACUUCAAGGAUACUUUGAUAUUUAUUGGCUACAUGUGUUAAUAAGACCAUACAGGGAGGAAAUGAUUUACAAAUGCUUAUAAUUUGAUGUGUAUGUUUAGGACUUGCUUUACUUUUGAGUUUCAGGCUUAGGGUUUAAUCAUCGUAAUUCUAUGAGGAAAAGGAUCAGGCAGGUACUGUAAUCCAAACUCACUGCCUCAGCCAUGAAAAGGUAGGAAGAAAAUGGAGGAGAAACAGAAAAUGAUAAUGGAUUAUUUCUAUGUUCUCUUUCUACAGCCAAUGGCAAGCAAAUGAGUGUUCCUCACCUUAUGUUUUUAUAGCAGUUUGUAUUUUUCAGACUAUAUUUAUAACAUUACAUAAUUUGAGGCUCACAACAAAACCUGAGGUAAAUUGUUGGGCAGAUGUUCUACCAGUUUCAAAGAUGAUGGAUAUUAAUUUAUCAGACAGUUUUCCCAGGCCCAGUGAAAUAAAAUAAAACCACAUCCACUUGAUUGUCAGUCAGUACUCAUCAUAUAUCUUGCUGUUCUCUAAUAUGAGUUGUUGACAGCAGAAAAAUAAGUAGAGACUAUGUAGAGAAACUUUCUGUAUUUUUUAUCUCAGGUAUAACCAUGGGAAUGGGAGGGUGUAAAUGCAUGCAUAAUUGCAGUAUACCUUGUAUGUGCUAAAUUCUUAACAUGAAAUACACUAAAUUAGCUAAAUAAACUCAAGCAAUUCUAGAUCAAAGACAGCAAAGCAGUAUCUAAUUAUAGGAGGGAUUUUUUUAGUGAAAUUAAUUUCUCACGGUAAAAUGAGAAAAUUAACAAUUCUGGUACCUUCCUGCUGCCUCCACAAAAUGAAUAAAGGAACAGAUGACCUGAGCCCAAUUUCCCAUUAGUGAAAACAGAUAAGCCCAAAGCUACUUAUCAGCCUGAAGUGAAUGAAGCAAAGCACCAGUAACAGCCGUCAUUGUGUUUUGAAUGGCUGUUGUGUAAGAAUUUCAAAUAAAAAGUGUAUAGUUUUGAUAGAA